AUGGCCGACGCCGGCAGCGGCCACUACGGCGCCUCGUCGCAGCAGCACGGGUACCAGCAGGCGCCGGCGCAGUCGGCAACGGCACGGCAUCAGCAGCAGCAGCAGCAGCCGGCGGCGGCGGCGGCAACCUCGACGGCAGCCGGCUACGGGCACCAGACGCACGCCUCGCGCCAGCUCGCACGGCAGCCCGAGCCGACGCCGCAGGUCGUCCUCUCGCCGACGCCCUCGCACGGCUCGUCGGCCUCGCGCAAGACGUCGUCCCGGUACAGCCUCACCGACUUUACGUUCAUCCGCACGCUCGGCACGGGCUCGUUCGGCCGCGUCCACCUCGUCCGGUCCCAGCACAACCAGCGCUCGUACGCGAUCAAGGUCCUGUCCAAGGAGCGCGUCGUCAAGAUGAAGCAGGUCGAGCACACCAACUCGGAGCGCGAGAUGCUCGAGCGCGUGCGGCACCCGUUCCUCGUCAACCUGUGGGGCACGUUCAAGGACUCAAAGAACCUGUACAUGGUCAUGGACUUUGUCGCCGGCGGCGAGCUCUUCUCGCUCUUGCGCAAGAGCCAGCGCUUCCCCGACCCGGUCGCCAAGUUUUUUGCCGCCGAGGUCGCUCUCGCCCUCGACUACCUGCACUCGCUCGAGAUCAUCUACCGCGACCUCAAGCCCGAGAACAUCCUCCUCGGCGCAGACGGUCACGUCAAGAUCACCGACUUUGGCUUUGCCAAGCACGUGCCCGACAUCACUUGGACGCUCUGCGGCACGCCCGACUACCUCGCGCCUGAGAUCGUCCAGUCGCGAGGCUACAACAAGAGCGUCGACUGGUACGCGCUCGGCGUCCUCAUGUUCGAGAUGCUCGCCGGCUACCCGCCCUUCUUCACCGAGGACUCGAACCCGAUGCGCCUGUACGAGAAGAUCAUCGCGGGCAAGAUCCGGUACCCGGCCUACUUUACGCCCGAGGCCAAGGACCUCCUCAAGUCGCUCCUCACGAACGACAUCACCAAGCGCUUCGGCAACUUGGCCAACGGCUCGCGCGACAUCUUCGGCCACGUGUGGUUCCAGGAGGUCGACUGGGAGCGCCUGUACCGCAAGGAGAUCCCGGCGCCGUACGUGCCCAAGGUCGACGGCGACUGGGACGCGAGCAACUUUGACGCCUACCCUGAGGUCGACUUGAGCGAGUACGGCUCGACCGGCCCCGACCCGCACGGCCAUCUCUUCCCUCUCUUCUGAUCGCCUCGCCGCCCACCUCGAUUGUCCCGCCGUCACUACCUUUAUUCCCGCAUCCCUGUCACUAUCUCCCCCUCGCGCCGCUGGCUGGCGCUGUCCAUCCUCACGCUCGUCCCCAUCCUCAUCCGCCCUUUACAACCCCUCUCGCCCCUCUUGUUUCCGUCCAAUUCGUCUCCGUGUCCAUCUGUAGCAUCCGUCGGAAGGCUGCAUACCCAUCGAGCA